CAGUCCUGUGUGUGGUUUGGCGGGAACGCGUUUGAGCGGAUGGAUAUGAGCGGAGGAGGAUGCAGCGCGAGUUGGAGGAGCAUGUGUUGCAGUUGAUCUGCAAGGAGGUGGCGGUCGGCCAUGAGCCACGCCAGCAGCAACAACAACAGCAACCGCAGCAGUCACAGCAACACCAGUCACAGCAACACCAGUCACAGCAGCAGCGAGAGUUGUCCUCAGAAAUGCUGGCAGCGUUGCACAGCGUCUUUCCUCAAAACGCUCUGGCUGCGCUGGACAUUCUCGAUCGCAGAGCCGUUACGGAGAUCACUUGCCCUGCUGGCCGGGUCGCCCAUCAAGUGGCUGGCAAAGGAGGUCGAGUGUACUUCACGCUUGUGGAUCAAGGCUUUUGCGAAUGUGCAGCAUACGAAUACACUGUCCUCAGGAACGAAGUGAGCAUGUGCAAGCAUGUGCUUGCUGUGAGGCUGGCAAGAGCGACCAACCUCCUGCAGCACGAGAGGAUAUCCGACGCAGCCUUUGCUGCCCGCAUGAACCCCAGCGCGCCGCCAUAACAGUGGCUUCUUGCUCCUGACCUCGUCUCUGCUUUCUCAACAAACGUUUGAUUCACUCUUCUCUUUCUGAUCGAUUGUCUUCCCGCCGCCAUAAACGACCAUCGCCGUCGUCACGAC